AUGUUAGCCGCGACGAACAACUUCGACUACGGUUUCGAAGCCACCCUUGCCACCGGGGUACACGACGCAGAAGGCCGACCCAUUAACACUGUUGUCGAGGAUAAUUACUCACGAAACACCAACAGAUGUUGCCAGGUGACCGUUAGAAUUUUCACCUCGGCGGUGGGCACUCUGGUUCUGCUGUGUUUCUACCUCAUUGGUGGAGCCUGGAUGUUCCGGUAUUUGGAGCAGGGUAACGAGGUGCACGCCUGCUACCUCACCUACAACAAGUACCUCGAUCAGUUGAACACCUCGGUGCUACGUGCCACCGGGAUUGCCGCCUCAGGGUUAUCCAAGGAUGAGGUUGCCACGCAACUUCAGAACGCAAUGAUCGAGUUCGCUGAGGCCUUGUUCGCUCUAGACUUCCAGCCGAGCAAGAACUGCUCGCUGAUACAUUCGACGUCCCACGGAUCGCAGUGGAAUUUGGUGAACGCGCUGUACUUUUGCGCCACAGUCGUCACCACUAUCGGCUACGGACAUAUUGCACCGACAACUCAGUGGGGCCGUCUAGUGUGUGUGUUCUACUGCCUACUCGGUAUUCCCCUUCUGCUCAUCUACCUGGGGAGCAUCGGGCAGCUUCUCGCGUACCUAUUUCGCUUCACCUACAGAAACAUCUGCUGUUGUCGAUGCUUCCGCGACACACUCAUUCGUCAACGAAAUAGACGCCACAUGAGACUAAUUCGACUACAGGAGGAUCUGAGACGGCACAUGGAGGUGCAGGCGAAGCUAUCUGGCGAACCAAUUCCACCGCCCAGUUUUGCGCCGAUUGCCCUGAUUGAAGACUCGGAUGAAGACGACGAAAUACGCGAGAUCUACCUGGAAUUCCAGGAAACCGAGGAGGCCGGUAUACCGAUAACCGUCGUCAUGCUGGUCAUUACCGCCUACGUGACGAUGGGUGCGUUCACCUUUCGAAUCUGGGAGAAGGACUGGUCACCGAUCGACAGCGCCUACUUCGCUGUCAUCACCAUCUCGACUAUCGGCUUUGGAGAUCUCUUUCCUGGCAAAGGGCGUCUUGAUCAGCCGGACACAAUUUACGAACUCCUGACGAGUGCCCUCUACUGUGUCUUCGGAUUGGCCCUCCUAUCGAUGUGUUUUGAGUUAAUGAAGGAUGAAUUUAUAGCCAAAAUACGCUGGAUUGGUCAAUCUCUUCGCAUUCUCGGUUCCAAUCGUGGUAACCAAGACUACGAGAAAGACAAUCAGGAGGCUCUCGACGACGCUGGUGAUAUGAGUGCCGAAGAGGAAGAAGUGGAGGCUGCUGGACGGAGCCGCUAUCGCGCCGAUUCCUCUUUCGUGAAGUCCACCCGCUUAAAGGCGUCGAUAAGAAAGAAGAACUUCACCAAGUCAAGAGACGAUGCCUGGGGAACAGGCGACACCACCAAACUCGAAGACGACUCACCAAGAGGCGAGGACAACCCCGCUUUUGGGGACGACGUGGAAAACGACUUCACAGCCACCAUGGAGGACAACAAGGCGGAGGAGUAA